UGGUUGGUAUCGUGGCUCGUGGAAAGCACGAGUCCCUGCUCGGGUUGGUAGCUAUUCUCACAAACAAACAAAAAAAUCCAUCACAAAGAAAAAGGAAUCGAUGAAAUCCUAGACGAACAGGAGAAUCCGCAAACAUAACAUCAAAAUCAGGCACUGAUUUCAGUGCAAGGAAGAUAAUACACAUCAUGGAUCAAUGGCAGACCAGCGAUUUGGCUCCUUCAACUUCUCUUCAGUCGUUCCCUGAGCCGAGGCAGAGGACUGAAGCAACGGAUGCGAAGGAUCCGGUGGCGGCAAGGAAAGUGCAGAAAGCUGACCGCGAAAAGCUGAGGAGGGAUCGAUUGAAUGAGCAAUUCCUGGAGCUAGGAAACACGUUAGACCCAGAUAGGCCGAAAAAUGACAAGGCCACCAUUCUUACAGACACAGUCCAAGUGCUGAAGGAUUUAACUGCAGAAGUCAAUAGACUAAAGGCUGAAUGUGCAGUACUCUCCGAGGAAUCACGGGAGCUUAUGCAGGAGAAGAAUGAGCUCAGAGAAGAGAAGGCGUCGUUAAAAUCUGAUAUUGAAAAUCUUAAUAUUCAGUAUCAGCAAAGAGUGAGAGUUAUGUUCCCUUGGGCUGCUGUUGAUCCUUCUGUUGUCAUGGCUCCACCUUACUCAUACCCAGUUCCUGUACCUGUCCCUCCUGGCUCAAUUCCCAUGCAUCCAUCCUUGCAACCGUUUCCCUUCUUUGGAAAUCAGAAUCCUGGUGCUAUUGCUACUCCCUGUUCGACCUUUAUUCAAUAUCCAACAGCUGCCAAUGCCCCAGUUGAGCAACCAUCAACCCAGUUUGGAUCCGCUUCCCAUAUAUCAAGCAAACAAGACUCAAAGAGCAAGUCAUCAGAGCAUCAUAGGGGAGGCAUUACAGAAAGAUGUGAUGAUUCUGACAAUGUGGCAACAGAUCUUGAACUUAAAAUGCCUGGAUCAUCAACACAACAGGAUUUGCCAACUGGAGAAAGGAAGGGUAAACAGUUGCACAGGAAGGAAAAACAUAUCGUGAAUAGGAGCUCCUCAAGCCGAUAUUCGUCAUCUCAAAGCCUUCAGGAUAGUUCCUCUAACAGCGUGGGUGAUGUCCCAAAAGCCCAGUAACUGAACAUUCUGGUUGUUUGUGCCCUUACUCUUUCAUUCGCUAACCUCUUAAGGUAGUGAGCAUUCGCCACUUCACCCUGAUUGUCAUAUCCUCUGCUUGAGAGUCGCCUAGGCCUAAAUCCCAGUCUCUAUUGACCUCUCAUGAAGGAGUAGCUGAAAUCGGGAUUUGCGACCUGCUGCUCUCGGCACCAUGAAGGGCUUGAAAGAGAGGGCCUGUCUUCCAUAGUUUAAGUUAAUUAAAUUAUCAGUAGCAGCAUUAUUGUGUACAUGGGUUAGCCUGUUGAUUGACAUAAGAAUUGUCCGUUCAGUAGAUAAAUCUGUAUGUAAAGUGUUUACAGAAGUCGCCUAACCCUUUGAUUUGUUAGUCCAUUUUAGUUGUAUUUUGCACUUGACAGCUUUAGUGUUUGCAUUUGCGGCCA